AUGGCAGUUGUUGUUAUUAAUCAACCAGUACUUCCGCAAGUACAAUUACAUGAUAGACCCUAUCUAAUUGGUUAUUGGUUGGGUUAUGCUGGUGAACGAGAGAAUAGACGUUUACGUGAUUUACCUAUCCACCUAUUAACACAUAUUCACAUAUUUUUAUUUGAAAUCCAUUUUAAUCCAUCCAUUGCACUAGUCACCAAUUAUUUAACAUCUGAAUCGAAUGAGCGUUGGCAAGAGAUACUAUCCGAUGUACACGAAAUACGUCACCGAUAUCCAAUAAAAUUUAUUGCAAGUAUUUUAGACAAUUCGUACUUAAUGAAAUUUGGUAUUGAAAUGACAGAUAAACAAUUGGAUGAAUGGUGCUAUACCGUCUAUAGGAAAGUGGUGAUAGAGUGGCAAUUGGAUGGUAUUGAUUUGGAUUUUGAAUCGACAAAUCAGUUUGAUUACGAUAUGAAUACACAAAACUAUAAUUAA